GCCCUCGGGCCAGUCAUUGUAGUUUCAAAAUGAUCAAAUACCUGGCCCUGCUGCUAUUCCUGUUUGGCUGUGCCGCUGCCCAGGAACCGCGGCGCGAUGCUGAGUGGCCUCCGCCAGCGAUCCUCAAAUUGGCAAAGCACUACCAUGACAUUUGUGCGCCCAAAACGGGCGUAACUGAUGAGGCCAUCAAGGAGUUCAGCGAUGGCCAGGUCCACGAGGACGAGGCCCUUAAAUGCUAUAUGAACUGUCUCUUCCACGAAUUUGAGGUGGUCGACGAUAAUGGUGAUGUCCACAUGGAAAAGCUUUUUAACGCAAUUCCGGGAGAAAAGUUGAGGAACAUAUUGAUGGAAGCUUCCAAAGGAUGCACGCAUCCUGAGGGCGAUACUCUGUGCCACAAGGCCUGGUGGUUUCAUCAAUGCUGGAAGAAGGCUGACCCUGUCCACUAUUUCUUGGUCUAAAUAUUUAUUUAAGAGAAACAUUUCAGGGGUUCUAAGCGGACUUGCCGGCGGGAAAAUUAAACUUAUCAAUUAUUCAAGACCAGUUGUAGAAGUUUUGCGUAAUAUGCUUACUCAUAAAUAAAUGGUUCCGGGACUAAAGAAUAAAUAUUUUAGAAAAAUAUUUUAAAUUCAAAGCAGAA